ACAACACAAACAAGUCCCUACACAGCGAACGAGAGGCAAAGAGGAGCUAACCAAGAUCAAGUAACGGCUUCAACAAGCCACACGAUUUUCCUCGUCAUAUCUAUAUUAUUAUUUUCUCAUUGGACAAAUUUCUAGACAAUUCCAAAAUACCCAUUUCAGGUCAUUGAUUCUUUCGAGUAAGAACAAUCUGAACAACCGUUCUUUCUUUAUUAAUCUCUUGUUCUGAUAACUUUCUUCUGUAGAGCUAGCAGGAAAGAGAAUGGGAGUGUGGUGAGUUUCUUUGUGCUUGAUAUUUCUGGGUUGACAUGACAAUGUUGCCUGUUUGCUCAGCCGCCCCAAGCUGUUCUUCUCAUUCCCAGAUUUCGUUUCAUGGAGCGUUGCGUCCCUUUUCUCAGUUCCAGAAGGAAUUGGAGGCCAGAUGUAUUAUGGAAGACAGAGUUUACAGCUUGACUAAUGGGACACAAAUCCAUGGAGAUUCCUUUAGAACACAUGCUACAAAGUCUCUUUACUCUAAUUUUGUCAAGAGUACAGAAAAGUCAGUCUCCACGGAUUUCAUUAGCAGGAAUUCCUGUGCAAACGAAGCAGAGUAUUUUAAAUGUAAGUAUACCAAUAUGUGGACAUCUUCAACCGGAAACAUAAAUAAGGGACAGCAAAUUGGGAAGGUUGAAGUGAACUAUGUUGAAAAUCUCAGCCAAUCUGCUACCGAUGAAGGUCUUCUCGAUUUUUCGGACCAAUCAAAUGGAAAUGUAAAUAUCUUAUCAGGAUCUGGAGAACCAGAAAUCAUAUCAACUAUUGAUUCAACACAAGAAACUUCCACCUCUUUACCUGACUCCUUGGAGCUGGAUAGUGGUUCAUUGUCCAGUGUGAAAUCAGGAUUUGAUGAAUUUUUUUCUGAGGUUAGUAAGUCGUUUAGUACUUCAGUAACUAAAGGAGAAAAUGCUGUGAAAAGCUCACUAGAGACUAUCAAUUCGUCAAUAUCAGCUGCCAUCAAAAGUGCUAAUGAAGCAGUGGACAAUGCAUUUCAUGGAGCAUUUUCAACUGUUGAUCAAACAGGAGAGUUAGCUGGUAAUAAACUGAGUAACUUUUCGAGUGAUCUGAAGGAAUCCACAAGCAAAGCAGCUGAUAUAGCUGUUGAUGCAUUGAGGCAUACAAUAGUUGUAGCGGAGGAUACUUUAGCAAAUGGAGCUUCCUUUGUUCUCUACUCUUAUCAGUCUGCCAAGAAAUUGCUUGCUCCAGAGAUCAGGGAUGCACUAAAUUUGUCGGAAGAGAAAGCAAUCGAUAUCUUGAGGCCUGCAAAAGUAGCUUUCCAACAGCAGGUUUACAGCAAUAUUGAGGGGUUAGAGCAAAGUCUUGGCCUGGAUCCAAAUGAUCCAAUAGUUCCAUUCGUUCUUUUCCUUGGCACCUCAGCCACUCUAUGGGUCUUUUAUUGGGUUCGGACAUAUAGUGGUUACUCAGGAGAUUUAACCCCUCAAUCAACUUUAGAUAUCCUGACAGGGAAGGAAAAUGCUGUGCUCAUUGAUAUCCGGCCUGACGUUUUGAGAGAAAGAGAUGGUGUUCCUGAUCUUCGAAGAGUUGCUCGUUUUCGCUACACAAGUGUGACUCUGCCUGAGGUCAAUGGGUCUCUUCGGAAGUUGUUGAAAAGCGGACAGGACCUUGAUGACAUCUUGACAGCUGCUGUUAUUCGGAAUUUGAAAAUUGUUCAGGACAGAUCCAAGGUUAUAGUUAUUGAUGCUGAUGGUACUCGUUCAAAAGGAGUUGCAAGAUCCUUGAGAAAACUUGGGGUCAAGAAACCUUACUUGGUUCAAGGUGGCUUUGAGUCUUGGGUGAAACAGAGCCUCCGAGUAAAGGAUCUCAAAGCUGAGACAACACUUACCAUAUUAAAUGAGGAAGCUGAGGCAAUUCUGGAGGAUAUCAGACCUUCUCCUGUACAAGUUGUUGGUUAUGGUGUGGGUUUGAUUGCUUCAUCAUAUGCUCUACUAGAAUGGGAGAAGACAUUGCAAUUUAUUGGCGUCUUUGGCCUUGCUCAGACCAUUUUUCGACGCGUUGCUUCUUAUGAGAAUGCUGAAGAUCUUAAGCAAGAUGUGAGGCUAUUGCUUGCUCCUGUUAGACUUGGAAGUCAGGUGUUUACAUGGGCUGCUGGGAAGUUAGAAUCAAACCGCAUUGGACUACCCACAUCUCCUUCGUCCUUGGAUGUUCAAAACCGUGUUCUGCAGGCUGCUGCAAAGCAUGAAUCACAACCAUCCGAUAUUGAAGCUGUCCCAGAUUCAUCGCCUCAAUCAACAAUUCCAGUCAACGAGAAUGUAGAUCUCUCUGAAGCAUAGAGGUGGAGAUCAAUUUUAAGCCUAAGGUUCUGACUUGUGAAUUGAGCUGAUACAAGCUGUAUUUGCAUUGCAGUGAAUGCAAAGUUGAUCUAACUACUUUAUGGUGUAUAAACAUCGGUUAUUGACAAGUAACCCCUUUUUUUUUUUUUUUUUUUUUUUUCCAAAAAACAGAGCCGUUGUACAUUAUAUUCUAUUGGUGAACUGACGUUUUGUAAAUUUAUUUUUAUAAUUUGUUUGUACAUUUAGUUCA